UCAAGAAGAAGUGUAUCAUUGGGCGAGUCUCCCCCCCUCCUAGGUAUAUAAGCCGGCGCGAGUCGUCUAGCCGUCAUUUGAACUCACGCUUCUGAGUUGUUUCUGUGUUGUUCCGUGUUGUGCGACAAUCUAUCUGAUCAUCAUGAAGGCUAUAGUUAGUGCAUUGUGCAACGAAAAUAGUGCCACCAAUGGAGUUAGUUCCGGUAAAGUGUCGAAAGCAAGGAAAGAUGUGGAAAACGAGGAGAUUCAAAUGUAUUUGAGCAAACUGAAGGAUCUAGUUCCAUUCAUGCCCAAAAACAGGAAACUUUCUAAAUUGGAAGUGAUUCAGUACGUUAUCGAUUACAUAUGCGAUUUGCAAAGUGCGCUGGAAACCCACCCUGCUGUCAACGCUUUUGACGCCACGGCGGCUCUAAGUCAGAAAAAAUCACAGGCUGCAGCAAGUCCAAGGCAACCUCUAGGUGUUAGAUCCAGUCCAAACACGAUACUUGGACCUUGCGAGGCCUCUAUUCUCACAAAUAUCACGAGUCCUGAGAAAAUGUCCUCACAAGAGCGAUCUGUGUCUUGUUGAUUGGGCCGUUGUUGAGCGAAUAUGGACAUCUCGUCUGCGAAGAUGCGUUGACUGAUACUUUAUUUAUGAGUUAGUGUGGGGUUGUCUGUGGGUAUAAAUGAGAGAGCACUUCAUCGUGGAUGUACCUGUUAUGUUGCAAUUGUUAUGUAGAGAUUUUGUUGUUGUUUUUGUAUAUACGAUAGGCGGGUUUAGUACAAUUUCUAUCGAUCCAAAUGAAGGUUUUGAAAUAUUGGAAUGAUUUAUACCUUAUAUUUGUUUGUGACUUUUCUAUUCUGUGAUUUUUUUAGAGUAUAGUUGUACAAAUUAAGAUAUUCUGGAGAAAGUAUCCCUUUUAUUUCAUAAAAUGGCCCGUGUCGAAGUAGAUAAUACUUCUGUGGUCGUUUUGUAAAUUUUGUAUAUUUUU